AUGGCAGUGGAGGCAGCAGCAGCAUCAAGAAGGAAGGGAUGCCUUUUCAUGAACCACCACCCGGGGUACCCUUUCAUAACCAUGGCCUCCGUCGUUCGCCCGCCGCCCUCUCGCACCAGCCACCGCCGCUCCGCCUCUUCCCGCCGCUUCCGCGCAUUGUCUCCGCUCCCAGCGCUGCUCCUCGCCGCGUGCUGCCACCUCGCGCUCUUCCCGAACCGCGGGGUCCUGCCCGUGGCGCGUGCGACGCCGCAAGUCCCGUGGGAUAACUUCACCUCGCCGUGCACGCCGCUUCCGGACCCUCCCCCUGCCGGCUUCAAGCUAUGGAGCGAUCCGACAAUAUGGCCCGGAGGAGUGGUGCCGGGCGUGGGGGCGGGUGUGGGCGGCAACGCCACCAUCCCGUGCGGCGUGGCCGUGCUGCUCAACGUGCCAUCUGUCGCCCUCUCCACCCUCACCAUCCACGGCAUGCUCAAAAUCAGGGACACAACGUUGCGGCCGCUGAUACAGGUGAACGCGUCGUUUGUGAUCGUGGAGGGGCAAUUAAUCGCGGGCAACAGCACCAAUCACUUCUCGCAGCGGGUCGUCUUCACGCUGACGCACAACCCCAACGGCCGCGCGCCCUACCAGUACACCGCCAACGCACCCGCUGACCCCGCCAACCCCCGCAACUUCGGCCACAAAGCCUUCGUCGUCGUGGGAGGGCAGGUGCGCAUGCACGGCAUGCCAGGCGGCUCCUCCACGCCCGCAUGGUGCCGACUGGCAGCGACAGCACAGGCGGGCGAUACAGCCAUCCUGGUGGACCGGGACGUCACGGCAUGGCCUGUGGGGUUCUACAUCGGCCUCGCCUCCACCGACUUCUAUCCCGACCAAGUAGACGUGGUCGCCAUUGUCAAUGUGACGGCGAUGCCCGGCAACAAGUGGCGUGUGAAUCUCAGCGCGCCGCUCUCCUUCAACCACUUCGGAGAGGUGGUGUCGGACGGGUUUGGUGGCACGAUAGACGAGCGCGGGGAGGUGGUGCUGCUGAACCGCACAGUGACCAUCCGAGGGGAGGACGAGGCAGCCCCGCACAACUGGGAGGGCGGGCACUUCAUGGUGUUCUUUACUCAGACCACACAGAUGAUAGAGGGCGUCGAGUUCGCCCAGAUGGGGCAGCAGGGGCAGCUGGGCCGCUAUAAUAUCCACUUCCACCUGUGUGGGGACCAGGCGGGGAAGAGCGUUGUGCGGAAGAAUUUGAUUCAUGACAGCAAGCAGCGCUGUGUGGUGGUGCACGCGACGUUCAAUCUGACGGUGGAGGAGAACGUGGCGUUCAACACGAGAGGGCAUUGCUUCAUGGUGGAGGAGGGCGGCGAGCAAGGCAACACAUUCAUCCGCAACGUCGGCAUCUGGACGCGCCCAGUGGAGGUGAAGAUAUCGGAUGAGGAGACGGAUGACAUGCCAUCCACAUUCUGGAUCACCAACCCCAACAACAACUACCUCGGGAAUGUGGCUGCCGGCUCAGAAGACACCGGCUUCUGGAUGGAGCUAAGGGAGGAAGUGAGGGGGCUGUCGGCGCAGUGGCCAAAGAUCAACAAACUCAUUCCCAUCAACUACCAUCGCGUGGGCACGUUUGCGGGCAACGUGGCGCACUCGUGUGACACGGGCUUUCGUAACUACCCCGGGGGGUACAGCCCUCGCUUCAACGCCACCACCCUCGAUGAGGACGAGACCUACUGGGACCGUCCAGUGUGGGUGACUAUCUCGGGCUUCACUUUCUACAAGAACAUCUACGCGGGCUCGUUCAUCCACAACACGGACUACGUGGUGUUUGACGGGUGGGCAGCGGCGGACAACAUGUGGGGGGUGGAGAUGGCGCAGGUGGAGGGCAUAGUGCUGCGCAACCUGCGCAUUGUAGGCCAGACCACCAACCACGGCAACCCCUGGGACUGCACCGACCCCGACUCCGAUGGCUGCGCUCCCGUCUCCGCCUGCAACUUCCCAUUGGCGAAGGGCCAGCAGGGGCGCAGUGUGGGGGAUGGGGGCUGGGAGGAGCCGGUAUACGGGCUGGUGUUCACGCAGAGCCCAUGGUUCACCGAUGGGCUCUUCAACAACGUCGUUGACGGCGCUAAGUUCGCUGGGUUUGACAACAGAUGCAAGGCGUCUGCAGCGGUGGCGGUGGGGAGUGACAUGGGAACGUACUGGAACGCAGGCAACAACUUCAAG